CAACGAAACGUCACGUGUGUGACGUAGAGGUGAGAGGUCAGAGCGUCGCCCUGCGCAGUGCGCACACGGGAGAAUGACAACAUUAAGAGCUUUCACGUGCGAUGAUCUGUUUAAAUUCAACAAUAUUAAUCUGGACCCCUUGACAGAAACUUAUGGAAUUCCUUUCUAUCUUCAGUAUUUGGCUCAUUGGCCGGAGUAUUUCAUAGUAGCAGAGGCUCCAGGCGGUGAACUGAUGGGCUACAUCAUGGGAAAGGCAGAGGGGUCCGUCGCUAGAGAGGAGUGGCACGGGCACGUCACCGCUCUCUCUGUGGCCCCCGAGUUCAGACGACUGGGUCUGGCUGCCAAACUCAUGGAGAUGUUAGAGGAGAUCUCAGAAAGGAAGGGUGGAUUCUUUGUGGAUCUCUUUGUGCGAGUUUCCAAUCAAGUUGCUGUGAAUAUGUACAAACAGCUCGGCUACAGCGUGUACCGAACCGUUAUAGAGUAUUACUCGGCCAGUAACGGUGAACCUGAUGAAGAUGCAUAUGAUAUGAGAAAAGCUUUAUCCAGAGACACAGAGAAGAAAUCUAUAAUCCCGCUUCCACACCCCGUCCGGCCAGAAGAUAUUGAAUAACAUUAACAUGUGGCUCUCUGAGAUCAACAUUUAAUUGGGAAAACAGACAUUUGAUUUUUUUGGUCACAAUGUUGGAGAGCCACUGCUUUGAAUGAAUUAGUUAAUAAAGCUAAAUCUUAUGGACUAGUUACAUUAACAAAGUUUAAUGCAAACACCUGGCGUAUUUGUCUUUUUUAAUAAAAUAUAAAAGGCUUUUGUGCAGGUUGAA